AUGUCAAAAUGCAAACAAAUCGAAGAUUUCUUCUUUUUAAGUGGUGAGAGAAUGACAACUGUCUUUUCUCACCUAUCUAUCUAUCUAUCUAUCUAUCUAUCUAUCUAUCUAUCAUAUCAUCUAUCUAUCUAUCUCAUUGUGUUCAUAUUAGCCUUCUUAUCUAUCAUCUAUCUAUCUAUCUAUCUAUCUAUCUAUCUAUCUUCAUUUCUCUUGUUCAUUAUUGCAAUCUAUCUAUCUAUCUAUCUAUAUAUCUAUCUAUCUAUCUAUCUAUCUAUCUAUAUAUAUAUAUAUAUAUCUUAUUUUUGUUCUUAUCUGUCUCUUCUCUCUCUCUGUUUUUUUAUUCUCUCUCUAUGUUUGUUCGUAUCUAUCUAUCUAUCUAUCUAUCUAUCUAUCUAUCUAUCUAUCUAUCUAUCUAUCGCAGUCUGUUCAUUAUCUCUAUAUAUAUAUAUAUCUUAUUUUGUUCUUAUCUCUCUCUCUCUCUCUCUCUCUGAUUGUUCGUAUCUAUCUAUCUAUCUAUCUAUCUAUCUAUCUAUCUAUUUUCGAUAA